AUGCACUCCUCACAGCCGCCCGCCGUGAGCGAUUCAGCCGAUGCCGCCGCCAGCGCCCGCGCGCCACCACCCGCUCCUCCUCUCCUACCAGAUCGAGCCGCCACCUCCCUCCCCAUCCCCGCGCGCUACCAUCCGCUCCUCCUCUUCUGCCCGCGCACGCACAGCCUUGGCUCCUGCUGCUCUUCCCGAUUGAGGAGGGGGAGGAGAGCGAGAGGGGUAGCAUGGUGGCCAGCGAGGGGAGCACCAUCACGGGAGCCGCGUCCUCCCGGUCCACGACCACGUCUUCUGCGACCGCGAUGGGCAGGGUCAACAACCUCGACCUCAAGGGCGUCGGCCUCGUCGGCGCCCUGCCCCCCACCUUCUCCUCCCUCGACGUGCUGCAGGACCUCAGCCUCUAGACCAACGCGCUCUCCGGCCCGCUCCCCUCCUUCCGCGGCAUGGCGGCCCUCCGCCACGCCUACCUCAACGACAACGCCUUCUCCUCCCUCCCCAAGGACUUCUUCGACGGCCUCGACAGCCUCGAGGAGAUCUGCCUCGACAACAACCCGCUCCUGCCAAUCCAUCUCUGUUGUUCUUCUUCUACCUCUGCCUCGACCCCUCCUCCCCUUGUAUUCUUCUUCUACCUCUGUUGUUCUUCCUUUCCACAUCACAUCUCAAGUGGUCGUGUGUAGGCACUGUACAUCCAUAUCAUCUCCUUGCAUGGUGAAGGUGACCAGGCCAUGGAGAGAAAAGCUCCUGCCAAUCGCGAUCGACAUCGUGAAGGACGGAAACAUAUCAGGUCACCUAUGUAUGCGAGAGGCUCCUAGAACACGUGUGGUGUACCUCAGAGCUGCCUUUGGAACAACCAUGUCUCAUGUGUCUGACAUUGUUGGACCGACUGGGUUGGUGUAUGCCGUUGAGUUCUCUCACCGGAGUGGUAGGGAUCUUGUCAACAUGGCCAAGAAGAGGACCAAUGUCAUCCCCAUCACUGAGGAUGCAAGGCACCCGACAAAGUAA